AUGGCGAAUCCUCCCGGUACGCAUCUGCAACACCAUAAUCAAGACGCUACGAAUGCAAAUAGCAACGCUCCUUCUUCUACGCUCAACGGAACCAAUCCGGCCAACGGCAAUCCGGAGAGCUCGACUUCGGCUUCCCCUUUGAAGCACAACCCCGGGAUCUCCAACGAUUGGACGGCGGAGGAGCAGUCAAUACUCGAGGAUGGCCUAGCUAAAUAUUCAUCAGAGUCAAACAUACUCCGCUAUGCAAAGAUAGCCAUGCAGCUGCAAACUAAGACAGUCCGAGAUGUUGCCCUGCGUUGCAGAUGGAUGACUAAGAAGGAAUCUAGCAAGAGACGGAAAGAUGACAAUUUAGCACGAAAAAGCAAGGAUAAGAAGGAAAAACUUACUGAUGCUUCAACAAAGCCAUCUUCUUUCAUUACCCGAGCUAAUGCUCCUGCAUAUACAAAUACUGUGGUUCCUAUCGACAGUGACGAUGGCAUUUCUUGUAAAACUAUUGGUGGAGUCACUGGGGACCUCCUUGAGCAAAAUGCUUUGGCAUUGAGCCAGAUUACUUCUAAUCUCUCUACAAUGCAGAUACAAGAAAACAUCAACCUACUUUGCCGGACUCGUGAUAACAUCCUCAAAAUUAUGAACAACUUGAAUGAUGUCCCGGAGGUGAUGAAGCAGAUGCCACCCCUUCCAGUAAAGAUGAACGAAGAGCUUGCCAACACCAUCCUUCCGCGCCCAAACAUCCCCAUGAAAUAG